CACAGUGGGGAGGGGAGCUGCGGGAGGCUCCAGGAGUCUGACCAGUUCCCUCCAGCCCUCAGGUGUUCUUGCCCUGGGUGGGGCCACUGGGUUUAAAUGGCUGGAACCAACCUGGGCGGUCCUCAGCCCCACACCUUCCUCAGACCUGCUGUCUACACCAGGCUCAGGACACGGAAGAACAGACAAGUGAAGGGACUGUGGAGACACACGGCUGCGGGGCCAUGACAAUCACAGCCGGGUUCUGCACCCCGACUGUCUCCAGCCCUGCCCCUCCUGCUGCCUGAGUGAGCUGAGUCUGAGGUGGUCGUGGACAGCAGACGCCCACCUGUCUCUGCCCUGUAGUGUCGCCCUGUGAGCUGCGUCAUGGAGAGAGUGACCAGGGCCCUUCUCCUGCUGGCUGGUCUGCCUGCCCUGAAAGCCAAUGACCUGUUUGAUAAAGACAGCACCUUCUACUAUGAUUGGGAGAGCCUGCAGCUGGCCGGGAUGAUCUGCGCAGGGAUCCUGGGCAUCACUGGGAUUGCUAUAGCCCUGAGUGGCAAAUGCAAGUGCAGGCAUGACCAGGUGCACAGUCCCUUAGCUGAGAAAGCCACCCCAUUCAUUGCUCCAGGCUCUGCCAGCUCCUCCUGAGCACGAGAACAUCGCCCAGGAGCACACGCCCACUGCUGCCUCUCCACUGGGACCUUACCUUCUGGGACCGUCUCUAUUCCCAAGGCUGGGUGGCCCUGAUCCCUCC